UUCCUCAAUCGCUGUGCCUUUUCAUUUUCAAUUCGCAUAUUUUUGCAAACUCUACUUUCAGUUAUUCGCCGAUAAUUGAUGUCAAAGGACGCAGUUUUGCUCCGCCGGCGUUCUCGUAGCCUUUUGGAAUAAUCAUCCCGGUGUGCAGUGCCAGUGUGGCCAGUUUAGUGCCAGUGUGACCAUGCCCAAGGAGGAUCCGUUUGUAAAUCGUGCCCAGCUUUUGAAGGCGAUCAAGAAAUACCCGGAGAUCUGGGACUCCAACAACAAGCUGCAUAUGUGCCGCAGUGUCACAUCGCCCAUGUGGACGGAGAUCGCAGAGCAGUUUGGCGGUCACGUGCCGACAGUUAAACUUCAAUCGAUCUGGAGCCAGAUGAAGUACCACUACCACAAUUUGGUCCACCGCCAGAUCCUGCACAAGGAUCGCUUCAACACCAAGUGGGAGCACUUCGAGCCCAUGUCCUUCAUGUACAACAUAACGGUGGCCAAGAUCGUGGGUGCCCAGUCGAGCGGUGGUGGAGGUGGCGCCUCCCCCGAUGACCCGCCCACUGCAUCUGAGAUACCGCCCGUUGGGGAGGAACCCGCUGCUUCAGCACCGCCACCCCCUUUGCCCAGCGCAUCCCAUGGACGUGGACGUCCCAGCGGCAGUUUUAGCUGGCUACAAAGCGCUGCCACACCCACCGUCCCCCAACUGCCACAUCUCAUCGCUCAGCCGACCCAUGGACAAGGUCACGGAAUGACCUAUACCGCUUUUACGGGUUUGGUCCCACCGCCGGCUGCAGUGACGUUGGAGACUGUGGCCACGCCUCCGCGGAAAUUGGGACGCCCUAGUUCGUUGCAUAAUAGUAUGCGCGGGCGUAUCAUCGAUGCCAUCAAAACGCGUCCUUCGCUUUGGGCGGGACGCCAGCGUAGUGAAAAGGGGCAGGGCCAGAGUCGAACCUCGGCCGUUUGGAAGGAGGCGGCCAUCGAGAUGGGAUUAACCCCGACUCUUAUGCAGACUCGCUGGUCGAUCAUCAAGCAACGGUAUGUGGAUGAGCUGCAGAAGGAGCGCCACGCCCAGUAUUCCAACCAAGGAUUCCGUUCCACGUGGGAGCACUUUGAGCGAAUGUCCUUCAUGCGUGAGAUCCUGCUAAAGAAGGUGGACGAGCGGGAACAGACUCGCGAACAGAUCCAGGAGAUCGUUAGUGAGCAGCAGCACCACCAGCAGCCGCAACACCACCCAUCGCAGCACUUGCACCACUACCGUCCACCACCGCCCCCUUCAGGGCUGGUGGAGCACGCCCAGGACAUGCCCAUCGGAUUGGUGCAGCAUCACCACGAAGGACACCAGCCGCCGCUGGCCAUGCACCAUCCCCACCCCCACCAUCCACAGGCCAUUCGCCGGCGGGUCAAGCACGAGUCUGAUCUCGAGUGGGAUCCCUUUGAGAUGAUCCUUCACGUCCACGGCGCAGGCGAGCCAGCUGCCAACUGAAGACUGAGAAAUUGGAAACAGCCACCCCCUAGGUAAACAUGAGAAAAAAGAUAAAAAAAAAUUAUACAUCAUUAUUAUUUACCCUAGUGAAAUUAGCUCUACAGAAAUUCAAACGUUUACUUUUUCUUUAAUUUUUUUUUUGCAGAUCUUAGACUUUUUUUGUUUAAUUAAUAUUUUACUAUUUGAUUAAUUAUUUUGAAAAAAUUAUAUUUGCUUGAAACAAUUUGUUACUUAACGAUUUAAACCACCUUUUAAUUGUUAAAGAAUUGUUCGUUCCUUUAAUGUUUAUUCUCAGGUGGAGUUGAAAAAAUAGGAGACUUUAUAAUUUGUAAGAAAAAAAAAGGGCAAAUCUUUUAGAAAUGAAAAAGUUAAUAACGCUAUGUUCUUGAGUUGAAAUUGUUUAGUGAAUUGAUAUUGAAUUAAGGGGCUUCAAUUCGAUAAUGAAAUUGAAACCAUUCUGGUUGGAUUACGGUCCGUCCCUAUAUAUUUCACCAAUAUCAAUUUCCACAAGAACCCGAUUGUAAUAUCUGAAUGGAAAAAGAUUUAUUCCACCCGAAGUGCUUUGCACUCAAUCAAUUUCGAUAAUCGUGAUGCGAUGCGACGGAUUGGAGAUUCAAGAAAGCUCCGAGCGCGAAAACUAAAUUAUGCUAAUUCUCACAGUGUGUGCAACAUUUGUCGAUUGCCAAACUGCCAAACAUGUUCCACUCGGUGUACACACACUGGCACAACCGACUCAUCCAAUAAAGCUCUGCUUCUGCUUCUGCUUCGCCCCCAUCCAUCCAGCAUUUUGUGGAUUUGUGUAAAUUUCUGGCUGAGGGCCAAGGGCGCAACACGCGUAAUUCCAAUCACGUGCCAGUCCAGAGAGAAGAAAAGUUCUCAAACUGUAAAACGUUUAUCAAAAUGUUGCCCGCCCCUAACCGUCCGCCCAAAAAGCCACCCACAUAAUUGGCCCCCUCCCCCCCCUUUCUUCGCUCCCUCCCCUCUCCAACCUCCGCAGACUCCGACAAUAUCUUCAAUAAUAAAUGCAUUUUACUGUCGAAUUUGCCGCAUUCUGCACAACACACGUGCCUUAAAUAAUUCACGUCGCAUUUAGCGGCGUUUUUGCCAAGCCUCUAAUGGGCCCAGCGAUUUGUAAAAGGGGCGUGACGUGGGGCGGUGGGCGGUGCCGCAAAGGGGGGCGUGGCACGACGCCAGGUAAAGUGGAAAGUAGUUGGCUACGUUUUACGUUCUAGUUCGAGGCGAAAAUUUGCCUAAAAACUCAAGUAGUUUGUUCAAACUUUUAUGCUCCGUGCAUUUAUCAACGCCAGUCAGGUCGGAAAAAAGGGAUGGAAAAGCUGGGUGGUUGGGGUGGUGGAUGUUGGAUGUUGGAUAACCCAUCCCAUCCAGGAGUCUAGGAGUCCAUGAAGCGCAGCAGCCCGGAGCAACAGCGCUGCCGUGUAAAAGUUUCCACACAGCCGUGGGUUGGUUAGAUGAUGGAGCGUUAUUUAAAUGGUUUUCAGAUGCGUACGUGCGAAAAUGUUAGUAAUAAUCCAGGUGCCAGAAACCAGGAUGCUAUGUCCUUACUUUGGAAAAAAAAUGCUAGCGAUUUGUUAGCUACAAUGUAAAAUUUGUAUAAGAAUGCCAGAGAACAUUUAACAGCUUAAAUAACAAACUUCAUUUUAUGUAAACAUUUUUUUUAAGAAACAAAAUUUAAAUCUUGGCUUACAUAAGCAAUAAAGGAAAAUAGGUGCAUUGGGCAAAUGUAAUCUGUUUCGAGAAAUUUAAUUAUUUCUAUGAACACUAAAAUAUCACACAUUUAUUUUCGUUUUGAGACCUUUUUUAAUGUUUUUAUAAGAUUGUAGGUGUCAAGGGGCCCAUUUAGGUUUUGCAACCUAAGAAUUCCUAAGAAUUAAUUUCUGUAGUUCGCUUUUGAAUUAUUUGUUAAAUGAUAACAUUGUUAUUUUGAAACGCAAUGCUUCAUAUUAAAUACAAUAAAAUAUAUAUCAGCUUAAAAUAUA